GAGCGAUUUCCGGGAAUGACCAUCACUUAUGCCCUGAUCCAGAUGUUGGAGAAGGUUGCGGAGAAGACGGACCUUGCCCGUAUCAUUACCAAGGCCAAGGUUUUUAAGCUGGUGACCGAGGGUGGCGCUUGCGUUGGCUGCGUCUACGAGAAGGCCGGCCAGAAUUUCCAGGAGUUCGGCCCUGUGAUCUUGGCCUCAGGUGGCUUCGGCGCCGACUUCACCCAGGACUCACUGCUUGCCAAGUACCGCCCCGAUCUGCUGCAUCUGCCCACCACCAAUGGUGAGCACUGCACUGGCGACGGCAUCAAGAUGGGCGAGGCCAUCGGCGCCAAGACUAUUGACCUGGAAUGGGUCCAGGUGCACCCGACGGGGCUGGUGAAGCCAGAUGAUGCAGAUGCCAAGAUCAAGUUCCUUGCUGCAGAGGCACUUCGAGGUGUGGGUGGCAUCAUCCUCAAUGCGGAAGGCAAGCGCUUCUGCAACGAGCUUGGUCGUCGCGACUACGUUACUGGUGAGAUGUGGAAGAGCAAGCCGCCAUUCAGGCUGUGCCUCAACAAGGCUGCCUCGGAUGAGAUCAUUUGGCACUGCAAGUCACCACCUCAGAUGG